GAGUGAUAUACUUCUCGUCUUUCAAGAUCAAAAGCGGAAGAGAUCAACAGUGUCAGUUCAGGUUUCGUCGGUUGCCUCUGCAGAUGGGAAAUGAAUUGUACCUUAGGCCACGCGUUAGAGAGCCCCAAUGGCUGUUUCUAAGGCAUUGGUUCCAUUUUUGACGUGAUUCUCCAAUAUUCCCCUUGCCAGAAUAUUUCUUGCGCUGAGUAGAGGAAUUUGGGACCCACUCGUGGCCACUACACGUGAUCGUGAUUGAUAUACUUCCCAUCAUCAGGGUUUCCGUGGCAGUGCUAUAGACACCCGGGCAGUUCCCGCCGUCUGUUCCCCAACAGCUACCUAGUUCUUUUUCUCUCAAAGCACCGUUAUCAGUCGCACAACCUCUGGUCUAUCCUUUCCUUCUUAUCUUUUUGACGACAUGUAUGAUACUGAAGAACAAGAUUUCUCUUCUGGGCCUUCGCAGGCGCCAUCGGCCGCACGACGUUUGUCAGAUCCCGGGCAGGCCCCGACGGCAAAGGAUGUGGCGGCGCGGAGACAGAGCGAACCUGGAUGGGGACACUCUGUCUAUUCGGUUAAAGACCCGGCCCUGACUCAAGACGAACGCAGACUCUCUAUCCCCGACACGUCGUCGUUAUCGCAAUCCUUUAGAACCCCCGAUGAAUCAGUCGCAGGCCGCUCCGACCCGGACGCCGCAGACUUCUCACGCCGCGAUACCCUCCGCCCAGGACAGUCUGUCAGCGACGGCCCCCGAUCGUCUUAUGCCGAGACGUCGUCUGCGGCGCAGUCUUUCGUAUCGCUGGACAGUCCCGUUUUGACACCCAACCACUCAACCGCGGCACUCCCGAACGGUGCACCUCCAGCCUCUCCGAAUGAAACGAUCCGUGCACCGAUGCGGAGCAACACUGUGCCAGUCCCACCGCAGCAGAUCCAAGCGUCCAAAACGCCCACGCGCAGGCAGACUACCAACGGCUACGUGCGUCAGCUAGCUCGCACUCUUUCUGCCCAGAAGCCGGAAGUCAAGGAGGAGGAGGAGGGGGAUGCAUUUCCGAGUCCCAUCUCUGAAGAACCGCAGGUCGAGGACACACCCGAACCAGAUCCGCCGCAGGGUGGAGUCGGCGUUCAAGACCCCGCUGCGCAGCAGAAUGUCGUUGUGCUUCCCGGCUCAGCGCCUAUCCCCGCGCCACUGCUGGAUACACCUGCUGCGGUCCCUGCUGCCGAGGAGCGUAGGUCCACGAGGGUGUCCGAGACGCCGACAGUCGUGCCUGCCGCCGCUGCGAGACCGCGGGUCCCGCCUGCUGCUUCUGGUGAAGCUGCACAGUCUGCUUUGGCCAGCACUCGGGAAGACGUUCCAGCGGCGCCGCGCGCUUCCGAAGCCGACACAAAGCGUCCUGCGCCACCAGUACCGAUGAAGGAGAAGGUGCUUCCAGCGCUGACGAGCACAGUGGACGACCUGAAGCACAGCGGUAUCAAUUCUCCCUACGUGAAUAUGCUGUUGGCGGUGGACACUAUCCCGCUGUGGUGCAAUCUGCUAGCGAGCUUUUUCACGUGGAUCCUGCUCGCUGGGUUCGUGCUGUUCCCAGGAACGUUCAGCAAUCUGCAACAACAGACGAAUCUCGGCGGGAUCGAGGCGUUUGCUCUGAACGUUAUCCAACACGUCUCGCUAUUUGUCAUCGCUUGGGCUUGCACGGGGAUUGGCGCAGGCGGCAUGAUCUGGCUGUCAUACCGCUGGCGGGGGAAUUACAUCUGGACGCUGAACAAGAUCCUCAUGCCCGGCUUCCUGAACUCGCUCGCUGGUGUGCUGUCGACGCUCUCCAGCGUUCUCGGGGCCCAGCACGCGUCGCUUACCAAGUCGAGCAUCAGCACGAUCGUGGUUACGUCCGCCGCGGCUGGGUCGUGUGGUAUCCUGGCUGGGUUCUACGUCCUUGUCCUCAUCCGCAGGCUGCAGAAAGAGCAUGUCGAUAUGGUCGGGAAGCAGCGUGCUGGAAAGCAUGGCGAAGGGGUCACCGAUGUGUCGAAGCGGAAACAGGCUAGUGUUUGAAUAUCUGACUACCUGAAUACCCUGCUCUGUGUACUGGCUCGUAUCUGUUUGUAUAUUUCCACCAGUACAACGUAUACCUGGAACACCCCAUCACGUUUCGGCGAAGAACCUCCGCUGUGAUAUCUCUUGUGUCAGUCCCCUCGAGUCCUGAAUCAGAUUCGGAGAAAUAGACAUGUAUCAAUCGAGUCAAAAAUACACAUGCCCGACAAGACGGUGGCGUCCCGGGCAUCGCACGCUCAGCCUAAAUCUCUGACUCGGCGAAAAUGCGCGGAAGGACGAUAGGACAAAGAUC